AAAAUAAAGAAAGGAAACGGCAAAUUCUCUUCUCUUCUUUGCUUGCUUGUUGGGCACCCCCAACCAAGCGACUCUUCUUCUCUCCUCCUCCCCUCCUCUUCUUAUCUCCUUGGGAGCAAAAACGAAACAAGGCCGCGCUUCUCUCUCACCCUCUCCUCGCAGGUUUGGGGAAGCUAUUUCUGACCAUGGCAGGGACCUUACUCCUGCCAGUUGCUCUAGGGUCAACUUUUGCAGGCCGUGCAAGCGGUCAGCGCUGGAAGUCUCAUGGCACCAGGAGGCCUGCCUCGAUGUUAGCCAUGUCAUUGAACCGUCCGGUUAGGAUGGCAGCAUUUGUUGGUCUGAGAUCGGCACACAGCUUUACAGCCACACCUGCAUCCAACUACAGAUCGACAGUUGCAUCUUACAGAUCCUCCAGACGCGGACGACGUACUCGGUUUGUAACCAGAGCGAUGUUCGAGAGGUUCACUGAGAAAGCUAUAAAGGUCAUAAUGCUUGCACAGGAGGAAGCAAGGCGCCUGGGUCACAACUUUGUCGGAACAGAGCAAAUUUUGUUGGGUCUGGUUGGAGAAGGCACUGGUAUUGCUGCAAAGGUGCUCAAGUCCAUGGGUAUAAAUCUGAAGGAUGCCCGUGUGGAAGUGGAAAAAAUCAUUGGCAGGGGCAAUGGUUUUGUUGCUGUUGAAAUACCAUUCACGCCACGUGCAAAACGUGUUUUGGAGCUUUCAUUGGAAGAAGCUCGCCAACUAGGACACAAUUAUAUUGGGUCUGAGCACUUGCUUCUUGGACUGCUUCGUGAGGGUGAAGGUGUGGCAGCCCGUGUCCUUGAGUCUCUUGGUGCUGACCCUAGCAAUAUUCGAACACAGGUUGUCAGAAUGAUUGGCGAGACAACCGAAGCUGUUGGUGCUGGAGUUGGGGGAGGGAGCAGUGGUAAUAAGAUGCCAACACUCGAGGAGUAUGGAACUAAUUUGACGAAAUUAGCCGAGGAGGGAAAGCUAGAUCCUGUCGUUGGAAGGCAACCACAGAUUGAACGUGUUGUACAAAUUUUAGGCAGACGUACCAAGAACAAUCCAUGCUUAAUUGGAGAGCCUGGUGUUGGGAAGACAGCAAUUGCAGAAGGGCUUGCUCAACGUAUUUCUAGUGGGGAUGUGCCUGAGACGAUAGAAGGGAAGAAGGUUAUUACCCUUGAUAUGGGACUUCUUGUUGCUGGUACAAAAUACCGUGGAGAAUUUGAAGAACGGUUAAAGAAACUGAUGGAAGAAAUAAAGCAAAGUGAUGAGAUAAUUCUCUUCAUUGAUGAAGUUCACACCCUCAUAGGAGCAGGAGCAGCCGAAGGUGCUAUUGAUGCUGCUAAUAUCUUAAAGCCAGCAUUAGCAAGAGGAGAACUACAGUGUAUUGGAGCCACCACACUUGAUGAAUACAGGAAGCAUGUUGAGAAAGACCCAGCAUUAGAAAGGCGUUUCCAACCUGUAAAAGUGCCAGAGCCAUCAGUUGAUGAAACGAUAGAAAUUCUCAGAGGGCUUCAGGAACGAUAUGAGAUCCAUCAUAAACUUCGAUACACUGAUGAUGCUUUGAUUGCAGCUGCUAAGCUAUCUUAUCAGUAUAUCAGUGACCGUUUCCUCCCAGAUAAGGCAAUUGACUUGAUUGAUGAAGCAGGUUCACGUGUAAGGCUUCGACAUGCGCAGGUUCCUGAGGAAGCUAGAGAGCUUGACAAGGAGCUUAAGCAAAUAACAAAAGAUAAAAAUGAAGCUGUCCGUGGCCAGGAUUUCGAAAAGGCUGGAGAGUUGCGAGAUCGCGAAAUGGAACUGAAGGCUCAGAUAACAGCUCUCAUUGACAAGAGCAAGGAGAUGAUCAAAGCAGAGACCGAUUCAGGAGAGACCGGGCCAAUGGUCACCGAAGCAGAUAUCCAGCACAUUGUAUCAUCAUGGACUGGUAUCCCGGUGGAGAAAGUCUCAACUGAUGAAUCUGAUAAACUUCUUAAGAUGGAAGAGACAUUGCAUAAGCGUGUCAUUGGCCAAGACGAGGCUGUGAAAGCAAUAAGCCGCUCUGUUCGCCGUGCUCGUGUGGGCCUGAAGAACCCCAACAGGCCAAUUGCAAGCUUUAUUUUUGCAGGUCCCACUGGUGUUGGGAAGUCGGAACUUGCAAAGGCUCUCGCGUCGUAUUACUUUGGCUCCGAAGAAGCCAUGAUCCGGCUGGAUAUGAGUGAGUUCAUGGAGAGGCACACAGUAUCCAAGUUGAUCGGUUCACCACCAGGAUAUGUUGGAUACACCGAAGGUGGCCAGUUGACGGAGGCGGUUCGACGCAGGCCAUACAGCGUUGUGCUUUUUGAUGAGAUUGAGAAGGCGCAUCCGGAUGUCUUCAACAUGAUGCUCCAGAUCCUCGAAGACGGCAGGUUAACUGACAGCAAGGGAAGAACAGUGGAUUUCAAGAACACGCUUCUCAUAAUGACAUCGAAUGUUGGCAGCAGCGUCAUCGAGAAGGGAGGGCGGAAGAUCGGGUUCGACCUUGACUCAGACGAGAAGGACAGCAGCUACGGCAGGAUCAAGAGCUUGGUCGUCGAGGAGAUGAAGCAGUACUUCCGUCCUGAAUUUCUCAACCGUCUCGAUGAGAUGAUCGUCUUCAGGCAGCUGACCAAGCUGGAAGUGAAAGAUAUCGCUGAGAUCAUGCUACUGGAGGUCUUCAACAGGCUGAAGGCCAAGGAGAUCAACCUGCAGGUGACCGAGAAGUUCAAGGAACGGGUCGUCGACGAAGGCUACAACCCUAGCUACGGAGCACGGCCGCUAAGGAGGGCGAUCAUGAGGCUGCUGGAGGACAGCCUCGCGGAGAAGAUCUUGGCUGGGGAGGUCAAGGAGGGCGAUUCCGCCAUCGUUGAUGUUGACUCAGAGGGGAAGGUGAUUGUGCUGAAUGGCGAGAGCGGGCUGCCGGAGCUUCCAACCCCAGCCGUCACCGUGUAGUUCACACAGAUUAACUGUCCAACAUAUACAGCAGCGUUUUCAUUUCAUUCGAGCACAUAUCUCUUCAUAGUUAGUGUAUAACUGUAAACUGUACAUACAUUAUAUAUAUACAAUAUUUUUUUUGCGAGAGAAAGUAUAAUAUAUACAGUAUGCAUAUAUAUAAUCAAAAGGGAAACAUUGCUGGCGA